AUUGACCCGGCCAACGACUUGUUUACGCUGGCAUUAAUACGACUUUGUACCAGUCACUCCUCUAUACACCAAACAACUUGGUUUUGAGAUAAUAUCUAAUCCAACCAAGCCACACACAACCUCCCUGAUCAUCUUCACUACACGAACCAACAGAGAUGGUUCGCCGUCUUUGCGGUGGCUUCAUGGCGUUACUGAAGAUGUGUGGUGGUCAUAACGCUUCUGAGGGAGAUUUAUCAGCCGAAGACGGUGGUGAAGACCGUGGCAUCUUCUAUGAUCUCCAAGAGCUUGAAAUAGCGACUGACUCGUUCUCCGAGAAGAACCGACUCGGACAUGGAGGGUUUGGUCCUGUCUACAAGGGAUUGAUGCCAAGUGGUGAAGAAAUAGCUGUGAAGAAGCUGUCGUUGAAUUCGAGACAAGGGUCGAGAGAAUUCAUGAACGAGGUUAAGCUCUUACUUAGGAUUCAACAUAAGAACUUGGUUUCGUUGCUUGGUUGUUGCUUCCACGGUCCAGAAAAGAUGCUGGUUUACGAGUAUCUCCCUAACCGGAGUCUUGACUAUUUUCUCUUUGAUAAAACCAAUCCCGGUUUACUUGCCUGGUCCAACCGAUGGCAAAUAAUUAUAGGCGUGGCAAGAGGACUGUUAUAUCUACAUGAAGAAGCUCCGGUUAGAAUAAUCCACAGAGAUAUAAAAGCCAGCAACAUUCUUCUAGACAAUGACUUGAACCCGAAAAUCUCUGAUUUUGGUUUAGCCCGGUUAUUCCCAGGAGAUGGCACUCAUACUAAUACCUUUAGAAUCUCGGGUACCUAUGGUUACAUGGCUCCUGAAUAUGCCUUGCACGGCCUAUUAUCGGUUAGAUCAGAUGUUUUCAGCUUUGGAGUAUUGGUCUUGGAGAUAGCCAGUGGAAGAAAGAACCACAAUCCUCGUCUUGGACCAGAAAUGGCCGAUCUCUUGAGCUAUACGUGGAAGAUGUACCAAGAAGGAAAAAUUCUAGAAUUGGUGGAUCAAUCUCUAGCAGGAGCAUACAACCGCGACGAAGCAGCCACAUGUUUCAUUAUAGGGUUACUCUGUUGCCAGCAAAUCACAUCAAACAGACCGGAUAUGAACACGGUUCAUCAAAUGUUGUCGAGCGAUUCAUUCGAUAUGCCUAAACCGGGUCGUCCUGGACUCCAAGGUCGUAGAGGAGGCGGCAAUGCAAGUACCGGUACUGGUUCAAAAAGUUUUGGAUUAACGGGGAGCGAACCAAGCAGCUUUAAAAGUAGAAGUGGAGGACGAGCGUCUGGACCGAAUAGCGUCGUUGAGGAGCACUCGAGGACGUCCAUUUCCAUGUCUUCCUUUGCCGAAGGCAGAUGAAUCUUAAUUUUUUUUUUAAGAAUCUUUAAUUUUGUAAAUGCCCCCUUGUUUACGUGCGGUGUAUAUAUUUACAUAAGAGGGUAAUUAUAUAUUAUAUGGAGAAAAAGACAAAAAUAUCAUUAAAUCAA